GUCUGUUUGAGAAUAUAAAUUACAGAUAUAUGCUUGGUAAAACAAGGGGUUGCUACACAUGGCAUGAAAGUGCACCAGGGGCGGUGAAAAAUUGCACAUUGUGCAGUGAAGGAAGUUUGCAGAGAUUUUGAACAGAUUGUGAAACCGGUUUUAGCCUGAUGUUGAGUCGGGAGAAGGUGGUGGGCUGUCUGCGGGCGAGUGGGUUGACCCUUGCAACCCUCUUCGGGGUCAUUGGAGGCGUAGUGUUCGGUCUAGCACUCAGGACAAGGGAAGCAGUAUGGACGGACAGGGAGGUUAUGUACGUUGCGUACAUCGGAGAAUUGUUUCUGCGCAUGCUCAAAGCGUUGAUUCUACCUCUUAUUGUUCCAAGUCUAAUUACAGCUGUUGGAAGCCUAGACAUGACACUCUCCGGAAAGGUUGGAAUGAGAGCUAUAGUUUACUACAUGGGAACAACUGUAUCUGCAGUAGCACUUGGAAUAGUCUUAGUAGUCACCAUUCAUCCUGGAGUAGCAGGACAGGAUAAGGGGGAUAUAGUUCAAGAAUCUAGAAAUGUAACAACACCUGACACUCUGAUGGAUCUGAUACGAAAUAUGGUUCCUCCAAACCUGAUCCAAGCUACUGUACAGCAGUACAGGACAGCUUUAAUUUAUCCUGGAAACUUCGCGUAUAAUGACUCUGGACAGAUAAGGAACCCUAAUGAUACUCAAACCUGGAAAAUGAAAGGGGAAUGGACUGCUGGCACAAAUAUCCUGGGACUGGUUUUCUUCGCAGUUAUAAUUGGGAUUGCCCUGGCUAAGAUGGGGGAGAAGGGGAAACCAUUGCUAGCUUUCUUCUCUUGUCUUAGUGAUGCGAUGAUGACAAUAACAACAUGGGUGAUCAACUUGGCACCAAUAGGAGUCUUCUUUCUUAUUGGAGGACAGGUUCUUGGAACUAACGAUUUUGGGACUGUUUUGAAUCAACUGGGUUGGUACUUCACUACGGUUCUAGUAGGACUAUUUAUCCAUGGAUUUAUUGUCCUGCCUAUUAUCCUAUCUGUCUGCACAAAAAGCAUGCCUUUCAGAUUUAUCGCAAACAUGACCAAUGCUUUCACCACCGCUUUCGGAACCGGAUCCAGCAGUGCAACUCUUCCCGUCACGAUCAGGCUUCUUGAGGAGAAGAACCAUGUGGAUCCCAGGGUGUGCAGGUUUGUCCUUCCUAUUGGAGCAACAAUCAACAUGGAUGGAACUGCGCUCUAUGAAGCAGUGGCCGCCAUCUUUAUUGCGCAGGUUAACGGAAUGGAUCUAUCGAUGGGACAGAUUUUGGCAAUUUCAAUAACAGCAACAGCAGCUAGCAUUGGAGCAGCGGGUAUUCCACAGGCUGGUCUUGUUACCAUGGUAAUGGUUCUUGAGACUGUGGGAUUACCACCAGAAGAUGUUACCAUCAUCUUAGCGGUCGACUGGCUACUAGACAGAUUCAGGACUGCAAUUAACGUGUUGGGAGACAGUAUUGGAGCUGGGAUAGUUUAUCAUCUAAGUAAAGACGAACUGGACGAUAUGGAGAAGAUCGGAGGUAAAGGAGAAGGAUUUGAGACUGUUCCGCUGACGGAGGUGGAGGAGAGAAACUUUAAAUGAGACUCACAAGUGAGAAUUCUUGUCAAUCCUCACACUCAGCUCUGAGGUUUGAUACGUGUUCUCACGCUACAUUGGGAUCAGCAAUCAAGUUCUACAGCCUACACACAUCAGUUUCGGAAACAAACUUAAAUCCAAACCGGAUUAUUUUCCAAAAUAACGAUUUACAGAGGGGAAGGGGGGAGGGGGGUCGUUAAAUUUGUGUUGUCACCAGGAUUCUAAAAUGUUGCUAGAAAAUCUUGUCAGGAGAUCUUGUCAGGAGAUCUUGUCAGGAGAUCUUGUCAGGAGAUCUUGUCAGAGAGAUCUUUUCAGGUGAUCUUGUCAGGAGAUCUUGUCAGGAGAUCUUGUCAGGAGAUCUUGUCAGGAGAUCUUGUCAGUAGAUCUUGUCAGGAGAUCUUGUCAGGAGAUCUUGUCAGGAGAUCUUGUCAGGAGAUCUUGUCAGGAGAUCUUGUCAGGAGAUCUGGUCAGGAGAUCUGGUCAAGAGAUCUGGUCAAGAGAUCUUUUCAGGUGAUCUUGUCAGGAGAUCUUGUCAGGAGAUCUUGUCAGGAAAUCUUGUCAGGAGAUCUUGUCAGGAGAUCUGGUCAGGAGAUCUCUUCAGGAGAUCUUGUCAGGAGAUCUUGUCAGGAGAUCUUUUAAUUUGAUCUUGCCAAAAUCAUGAUUUGAAUUGAGGGGAAUUAAAUGACAAUGAAAAUUUAAACAAUCCAAUGGAAAAUGAGUUUUUAGACUUUUUAGACUUUUAGACUUUUAGACUUUUAUUAAU